GGGGGUAUCAUGAAGGUCUUUGGUGGGGGUGAAAGUUUGCUCUCGUUUGCUGUGCUCUGCUUUGCUUGUCAGGUGGGAGCUCCGCUGUGUGGGUCCCGGUCCCGGUCCCGGUGCCGCUGUCCCGCUGUGUCCCGCUGUCCCCCCGCGGGGCUCCCGGUGCCGGAGCGCUGCGGACUCUGUGCCAAACAGCGCGGAGAGCACUGCACAUCACUGGAGGUCUGUGAUCCCAACGCGGAGCUGUUCUGUGAUUACAGCGCCGGUGACUCGGAGACGCGAGGGAUAUGCACACCGCUGGAAACUGGAACAUGUGAAAUGAAUGGGGUGACCUACAAGGAUGGUGAUGUCUUUCAGCCCAACUGUAAGUACCACUGCUGGUGCUCUGACGGAGGGAUCGGCUGUAUCCCACGUUGCAGUGAAGAUAUCCGCCUUCCCAGUGCAGACUGCCCUUAUCCCAAACGUGUUCAGAUCCCAGGAAAGUGCUGCCCCGAAUGGAUAUGCGAGAGGUUAGGCAACAGCAUCGUCGGCAAUGCUCUGGCAGCGUUCAGAUCAGCAGCGUUCUAUGGAAGAGUUCCAUCCACUCUAACGUAUGACUGUAUUGAGCAGAGUAGCACAUGGAGUUCAUGUUCGAGGAGCUGUGGGCUGGGGGUGUCCACCCGGGUUUCCAACAAGAACAACCGUUGUGUGUUGGAAACACAAAGUCAACUUUGUAUAGAGAGACCCUGCCAUCAGGAACACUUUGAACAGACUUCCAUGGGAAGGAAGGUUUGUGAACCAACAACGAAGGCACGCAAACCGAUUCACUUUGAGUACAAGGACUGCGUCAGCGCGAAAACGUUCACACCCACUUACUGUGGUUCGUGCUCAGACAGCCGCUGUUGCACUCCACACAGGACCAGAACAGAACUGCUGGAGUUCAAGUGCAAGCGUGGCAGGGUUGUGAAACAGCGCAUGAUGUUCAUCAUCACCUGUGCCUGUCAUCAUAACUGUCCAUCUGUUUCCAAGGAAGUGUACGCAGUCUAGGACAAUGCUACAUAUACAUGGUGACCAAAAAGUCGUGAUACCAUUAAAAUGUCGAAUAGGUCUUAAAAGAAAUUAUGAUUUUUUUUGAUAAUAGAGUAGUUAUCACAACUUUUUGGUCAUGCUUAUUGGUAAUGCCAUGGCUUUAUAUGACUGUACAGGGGACAAAAUAUUAGCAACCCAAAUCUCUCCCAAGGGAUUUGCACGCUAAGUAGCUCUUAUUUAACAGAGAGAGAGUGAGAAAGAGAGAGAGCUAUCCUAAUAUUCAAUAACCAGCAGUAAUUCAUUUUACAAUUUAAAAUAGUUAAUAAAAGGAAGUUUGACCGAGCAUUUACUACUUAGUAAGCAACAGCCAUUAUCUGCUUUGGAAAAGUCAUUACGAUACAUUAUUUAAUCGUUUUCUUUCACAGCAAUCUAAAGCCAGGCAGCGGGUUAGAAUUGCAUGAGUUCUGUCUAUUCUAUAUUCACUAUUUCCCUCUUUUAGUGGCGAAAAGCACAAUGUUACCAGACAGAAGCAUCUUUUAUGCAAUCACAAAACAAAUGUGUUAAUAUAUCUCUUUUGCCCCACCUGUUAGUGCAAUACAAUAUGUUGAGAGAAAUUGAUUAAUAAUCUUCCCAGAGAAUUACUUGUUACUAUUAGCAAGUGAUGAACAUUCUUUUUAUAUAUAGUCUGAACAUGAAAUAAAUUAUUGAGUCAGGAGAACAUUUCCAUAUUACGGUAAAUCAAAGACAAGUAAGCAGCACGAUUUCUGUUACUUUUGUGACUUGGCAUUUAUAAUCGUGAGGUUGUUAUUUAUUUAAGGAUUACAAACUACACACACAGUGUUUUAUUAAUAUCAGACCCUGGCAAUUCAAAUGAGAAUUGAGAAUCAGCUUGGUUGUUUGAGGAUACAGUAGCAAGUUCUUGUGGUAAUAUUCACCCAUCAUAAUACAUCAUAAUAUUAUAAUAGUAUCAUACUAUUCUCUUCUGAGAGACACCGUAACUGCAUGGUUUGCACAAUGCAAAAGGGAUUGUUUAGAUCAGUGCCUGAACCUUUCAUGCAGUGAAUGCCGGACAAGUUUAAGCAUCACAAUACUAUGGAGGGACAUCAACAGUUAUGUCAUUAAUGGUUUAUCUAUCCUGUCCACAAGCAAUAGGACAACAGUGUGUUAACACCGAGGUAUCACUUGCAUGACUGCUUUUGCAAGCAAUGGCACAAAAGUAUGUAUAUUUCUAAAUCAUUAGGCUUUACAGGUGUGUUUUGUGUAAAUAUCUACUGUAUAUAUUUGUAUAUAAAUCUAUGUAUUACUUUUGCAGAGGAGGUAAUGAAAACAAUCCAGAUUUGUGUGUAAAGCACAUUUCAAAUUGUAAAAGCAUGAUUGGUUUUCAAGAAUGUAAAUAAAAUUAUUUUAGUCUGGUU